AUUGCUUUAAUAGUAUUCUGAUAUAGUCUGACUCUUUGUCGAAAUUAACCGAAGUCCAAGCAGAAUGCCACCAAAACCAAAAAAAUCUACUGGUGCGAAGAAAUAAGUGAGCAAAUUGAAUAAGCGUCCGAGCAAGAUGAGUGUCGUCAGUGUGAAUGAGCGUAGUAAGAACGAGAGAAGUGUGAUGCAAUCAAUUGAGCAAGAGGAGACAACCAACAAUGAAAUUGUUCCAACUCCGAAAAAGACCACGGCUCAGAUUCCUCAACAGCCAAUGCCGACACUUCCUCAGAUGAUUGCGAAGCAAGAGCCAGAAGUCCCGAUGAAAACGAUGAUGCUGCCACCACCAUCUGAAUCACCACCACCAACAACAUUUAAUCUUUAAUAAAUCAGUUCUCAUUUUUCAGAUCGAUAAAACUCUGGUGAUGUCAACAAUGCGCAUUUCGAAGCCAGGAGACAAUGCAGUUGUCAAAAUUGUAAAGCAUAUUCAUUGGCGCAAUUGGCCUGAUCACGGUGUUCCCGACAAUUUUCUGUCACCGUUCCGUUUGUUGACUGUUGUCAAGAGUUGCACAAAACCAAUAGUUGUACACUGCUCUGCUGGUGUCGGUCGAACAGGCACGCUUGCUCUCAUUUUGAUUAUCCUCGAGUCAAUUUGUCUUCCGGAUUUCAUUGGAGUUCCACGCCUUCUGGCAAAACUUCGAGAGGAGCGUUUCAGAGCAAUCCAAACGGAAGUGCAAUAUUUGUACGCUCAUCGAUGCGUCCUGGAAUAUUUGGCACUGAAGAAGUAUGUUCAAUCUCGCGAAGAUUUUGCCAAAUUCGCCAAGGAUUACGAGCAAGCACUUGCAACAUGCCCGAAAGAAAUGUGAUC